AUGUCCGUAACGGAGAGAGACACUGGGGUCCUCACGCCCGAGUCAGGGGACGACUUCACGGAGAGACCCCCGAAAUGUGACAGCCGUGAAAACAUGCAGACUGACACUUGUCGACUGCGAACUACACCCGAGCCUUCUGCUAUAAAGCUGGAACAACCAAGUCCUCAACCAGCCGUUGAUGUGCACAUGGGCAUGAGGUUUACUAACUUUUUCAUUGACGAGAUUCUCAAACCUCACUUUGGAAAGGGAGAUUCCUAUCAAGACUCCCCUUUCACAAGUACUCUGAAAUCGGAAUGCAGUCUUCUGACGCAAAAGUUUUCCGGAAUUAUACACAGACCUAUUCCCACUUUUACACAAACCCAACAAACAAACUCGGUACAGUCUACGGCGUUAGAUCUGCGCAGAGAUCGCCAGAUUAAAAAAGACAAAACAAAAGUGGAGUGCACUGAGGCAUCCAACAGAAGCCCUUCUCAGUGCGUUCGACAGGAAAAGACUGGGUCUCCCGUAGACAUACUGCAGCCGUCGGUAGGAGAGACCGCACCCCGAUCCCCGAGUCCCACAUCCUCAGUUGGAGAAAAUGGUAAACCUAACUUACUGUGGCCGGCGUGGGUGUACUGUACUCGCUACUCAGACAGGCCAUCUUCAGGUCCCCGGUCACGUAGAAACAGACGCCAGGAUAAAGUAGUUCAGGAGAAGAGGCCUAGAACGGCGUUCAGCGCCAGUCAGUUAGACAGGCUGAAGAAUGAGUUUGAACAGUCCAGGUACCUUACCGAGUCCAAAAGGCAAGACUUGGCCAGAGAACUGAAUUUGAAUGAAUCCCAAAUAAAAAUCUGGUUUCAAAACAAGCGCGCCAAAUUAAAGAAGGCAACUGGUGUCAGAAACGGUUUAGCGUUACAUCUGAUGGCACAGGGACUGUAUAACCACUCUACGUCAGGCAAACGAGAAGAAGAGGAGAUAGACGUUGAGAGCUGA